AUGUCGGAUACAGGCAGGGAUUUCGCUAGAUUUGGCUUUCAAUGUUUGUGCAAACGGCGCGAUACCUUCAAACUGAGACGCUACCUUAACAGUGAAAACAAGCUGAUCGGGUUGUUUUGUACGGAAUGUAACACGGAAAACCUCACACGUGAAUAUUUAGUAGGCAGCGAUGUUGAUGUAGAUGAAGAAAGCAGUCGUGAAAGAAUACAGAUGCUUCCACGACCUACCCCGAAUUUGAGCGAAAACAGAGCGUUUCAAGUUCAAAGUUCAAAAACAAAAAUAGACCAGAAAUAUUUCGCUGAUAUCCUGAAACCAGGAGACCAGAUUUCUUGGCACAGAAAGUACUGUCUUUGGCACCAUGCCAUUGUGGAGGAAGUUGUUGCUGAAAAAAACGAACUCAUAUUAAUUCAUUGGAACAUAAAGAAUCGUCUCAUUAAAAUUUUACGCAGCUGUUUCAAAGUGGAAGCCAGCGAAGAAGGACUUUUCAAUAAAAUGUACCGUAUUGAUUACCCUGUGGAAAUAACAAAGACGAACGAUCCGGAACUGGUGUUGGCAAGAGCACGGUCUAGAAUAAAUGAUACGGGGUAUUCUCCUUUUACAGACAAUUGUGAAUCCUUCGCAACCUACUGCAAAACAGGCGUCGAAAAGUCACACCAGCUAACUUGGUUUAAAGGAAAAUUGAACGAGUACAUCGGGCAAAAUGUAGUUACGAGUGCCAGGUCGACUUUCAAUGGAACAUGCAAAUUUGUACAGAAUACAGUUUCUGUCGCGAAGAAGGUGACUGGGAAAGUCGUUCCGGCAGAAAGUAUUGGAUACGCCGUCAAAGGAAUUAACCUGGUUGCAACUGGGAUUGUGAUAAUCCUUGAAGCGGGGUUCGUCAUUUGGGAUUUGAAGAAUGCGUACGGAGAAAGGGAAAAAGGGAACAUAUCAAGGAACGAUUUUAUCGAAACAGCAAUCCGAAGAGUGGUUGACGGUAUUGUGAGUGCGGGGGUGGUUGUGUCGUCCUUUCUAGGUCCAGGAUCACUCGGGAUCACCUUGGUAUCACCGUUUGGCCCAGUAGGUAUUAUCAUUGGUGGUGUCCUUGGAGGGGUUUUAGGCGGAGAAGCACUCAAACUUAUCGGUACUUAUCUUGGAUGUUUCGUUGGAAAGGCAAUUUCAGCGUCAUUCAAAUCCGAUGAUAGAACAGUAACUAAUAUUUUAGACUUGCAAUAUGGCGACCAUAUAGUUGUAUUCGAUUGGAUACUACAUCCGCGGUGUCAUGCCAUCGUCGUGGAACACAAUGGGAGCGACAACAUUAAAGUGAUUCGUAACAAAUACAAGGCCGGAAUUGUCGAAGAGUGGAUACCCUUUUCUACACCACUGUUCAAAGUCGAGUACCUGAAUGGGACAUGUAAAGAACCAGAGAAAGUCGUGAAAAUGGCAAGGUCAAAGCUCGGUCAAAGUAGGUAUUGUCUGGCUACCUAUAACUGUAAAACCUUUGCCAGGCAAUGCAAAUUGAUAAAGUAUUGA